AUGAGGGUGGUCCUUCUGCUCUGUCUGCUGACGCUGGUCAGCAGCAAAUACUACCAGCAUGUCGACGUCAUGGACAUCAUGAAAAACUACGACAUCAUGAUGGCAGAUUCCGAUGACGACGAUGAUGAUGGCAACAAUUAUGACGAUCGCUACGACAGCUGUCCCUUGGGCUGCCAUUGCUCGCCUCGGGUGGUACAGUGCUCCGAUCAAGGUCUGAUCAGCGUUCCGGAAAAGAUUCCCGCCGACAUCUUGAUGAUCGACCUUCAAAACAACGACAUAACUGAGAUAAAGGAGGAUGACUUUAAAGGCCAGGAAAAACUUUAUGGCUUGUUCCUGAUCAACAACCGCAUCUCCAAGAUCCAUCCGCGGGCCUUUAAGAACAUGAACAAGCUGCGCCUGCUCUACCUUUCUUACAACCUGCUAACAGAGAUUCCAGCCAAUCUGCCUCCCAACGUCAUCGAGCUGCGUUUCCAUGAAAACAAAAUUAACAGAAUCCAGAGUGACGCGUUCAAAGGCCUGAGGAAGCUGCACGUGCUCGAGUUGGGUGCUAACCCGCUAGCCAACAGCGGCAUGGAGUUGGGUGCCUUCAACGGGCUGAGCACACUCUACGUGGGAAUGUCGGAAAGCAGGCUGACGGCUGUGCCCAAAGAUUUGCCCUCCUCCAUCACAGAGCUCAACCUGGAGUACAACAAGAUCUUUAAGGUCGAAGUGGAGGACUUCAUCAGAUAUAAAAAUCUUCAGAGACUGAGCCUGAGCUUCAACCAAAUCCGCUUCGUGGAGAACGGCAGUCUGGCCAAGAUCCCCAACAUCCGCGAGAUCCACCUGGACAACAACAGUCUAAAAAAGGUCCCGUCCGGACUCAGCUCCCUGCGUUACCUUCAGGUGAUUUUCCUCCACGCCAACAAAAUCACCAGCGUAGGCGUCAACGACUUCUGCCCGCUCCGAUUCGGCGAGAAAAAGAACUUGUACAACGGCAUCAGCCUAUUCGCCAACCCUGUCAAGUACUGGGACAUCCACCCCGCCACUUUCCGAUGUGUGGGCGGAAGACGGGGCGUUCAGCUCGGGAACUUCCGCAAGUGA